GCCCGGGCGCCCUGUGACUACCUCUUUCCCGUAGGUGGGGCGGGGCACUGAAAGGGGCGGUCCAGGACCCUGACUUGUCUCGCGGUUACUGGGCCGGCACGAGCGCGCGAGGCUCGGGGGCGGCACGGGGCGGGGUUUAGCCUGGGGUGGGCGCUGCGGGUGUUUGCAGGGCGUCGCUGUGCUAGCUAGGUUGAGGUCGUGCCGGGUGAGGCGGUCGCACCGGAAGUGGAUCUGGCCGUGGCGCUUCGGCGUAGUAAGGAGCCUGCGAUAGAAUUUUGUUGUUUAGGGGGCGCGGCACCGCACCGCUUCUUUCAGCUUCCUUGCAGCUGCCAUGGCGAAAGGCAGAGUCGCCGAACGCUCGCGGACGGGCGCUCACCACACGACCCCCGUGGGGGACGGGGCAGCGGAGACGCGGGGUCCCGCGGCGCCUGGCCGCAGAGAUCACCAGAAGGAAAAAUCCUGGGCAGAAGCUGGAUCAGCAAGAAUGUCACUCCUUAUAUUGGUGUCCAUUUUCUUAUCUGCAGCUUUUGUUAUGUUUUUGGUAUAUAAAAAUUUUCCUCAGCUUAGUGAAGAAGAAAGAGUGAAUAUGAAGGUUCCCAGAGAUAUGGAUGAUGCCAAGGCUCUAGGAAAAGUUUUAUCCAAAUAUAAGGACACCUUUUAUGUUCAAGUACUUGUAGCUUAUUUUGCUACAUAUAUUUUCUUGCAAACAUUUGCUAUUCCAGGCUCUAUAUUUCUCAGUAUACUUUCAGGGUUUCUUUAUCCCUUUCCACUGGCCUUAUUUCUUGUUUGUUUGUGUUCUGGACUUGGUGCCUCUUUUUGUUACAUGCUUUCCUAUUUAGUUGGGAGACCAGUUGUAUACAAAUACCUAACAGAGAAAGCAGUAAAAUGGUCACAGCAGGUUGACCGUCAUAGAGAACAUCUCAUUAACUACAUUAUAUUUUUGAGAAUAACACCAUUUCUGCCUAAUUGGUUUAUUAAUAUCACAUCUCCUGUGAUAAACGUGCCAUUGAAAGUUUUUUUUAUUGGUACUUUUCUAGGUGUUGCACCUCCUUCUUUUGUAGCCAUUAAGGCAGGAACAACACUGUAUCAACUUACAACAGCAGGAGAAGCUGUUUCCUGGAACUCAAUAUUUAUUCUGAUGAUCUUGGCUGUGCUUUCUAUUCUGCCAGCCAUCUUCCAAAAAAAACUAAAGCAGAAAUUUGAGUAAAAAUAAUCAUCUGAUUUUUAGUUUUGCUGUCAUCACCAUCUCAGGAUUAACAGCUACGACUUUAGGUGGGGUAUAUUUUCUUCUCCUAAGAGAAUAGACAGUUUUUCCAGAUUCAUCAUCAUUGACUGUCAAGAAAGGACCCUUCAGCAGGCUGUACCCUCAGUGCAGUUGAUGGCCUGUCUUCAUGGAUUCAUAGACUUGGCCUGAUGCCACAUGUAAAUUCAAGCUUUGGCUUGACAAUUAUACGGUAACAACCACAAGAAGACAAGCAUCUGUGGUGCAGAGACAAGCAGGCUAACUAGAAGUUGACAUGCUAAGAAAGUGAAACUGUUCUUUCUUAAUUAAUGGUCUUUCUCUGGAACUCUGUUACUUUGAGUAUAAUAUUUCCAUGACACUUAGUAAAUGCAAGGUAAAAUGUAAUAAUAAUAAUAAUAAAUUGUACUGGAGAAACCUAAA